UUUUCUUUUUUUUUUCUCAUCAUUUGCAGCCAUGGAAAGGAAGAGCAAAGGUCGUCAGAAGAUCGCGAUGACAAGAAUGUCAAACGAAAGCAACCUAAUCAUUACCUUCUCAAAGCGUCGUUCUGGGCUAUUCAAGAAGGCAAGCGAACUCUGCACCCUAUGUGGCGCUGAAAUUGCCAUCAUCGUUUUCUCUCCUGGCAAAAAGGCCUUAUCUUUUGGCCACCCUUGUGUUGACACUGUUGUAGAUUGUUUUCUCUCUCGAAACUCUCCACCCAAUUCAGGCUCGCUCCAACUUGUCAAGGCUCACUGCAAUGUGAAUGUUAGCAAGCUCAACUUGCAACUUACUGAAGCACUUGAUAUGUUGGAAGCAGAGAAGAAAAGAGGCGAAGAGCUUAACAAGAUGAGGAAAGCUAGCCGAGAUGGGUGUUGGUGGGAAGCACCGGUUAGCGAGCUUGGACUUCAACAACUCGAGCAAUUGAAGGUUGCAAUGGAGGAUCUAAAGAAGAAUGUUGCAAAGCAAAGCAAGAAGAUUCAGAUGGAGGAAUCGAACCCCUGGAGGUUUAUUGAAGCUGGGUCAAGUUCCAUGGGAGGGCAUGUUGGAGGUGCUUCUCAUGAUGUUAAGGUUUCUGGGCUAGUUCUGUCCAUGACUUCACAUGGAUAUACCCUCGGCUAUGGACAUGGAUUUUUUUGAUGUUUUGUCGUUUGUUGCUACGAAGAACUUGCAUGCUUGCUUAUGAUUUUGGGUUUAAUUUGUUGGAAUUUUAAUAAAAAUAAAAUUAAUUAUUGCUAUUUAAUUUGUUUGACUGUUACAGGUGCGUCUGAUGGUGUUAAGGUUUCAGGGCUACUGUCCAUGACUCCACAUGGAUAUACCCUCGACUACGGACAUGGAUUUUUUUGAUAUUUUGUCGUUUGUUGCUACGAAGAACUUGCAUGUUUGCUUAUGAUUUUGGGUUUAAUUUGUUGGAAUUUUAAUAAAAAUAAAAUUAAUUAUUGCUAUUUAAUUUG